CUCUUUUUCCCCACUCCCUCCCUCCCUCCCUUGCCCCUUAGCUUUUCUCCCUUCUUUCCCUUCUCUCUUCUUUUUCUGUGUUUGAAUGGAGAAGAUGGGUUCCCCGGAACCUGAACACCCGUCGCCGGGUGCAGGGCCCGUUGCUGGGGUUUCUGUUACCAAGACGGCAGGGGUUGAGGGAGACGAGGCGGUGGUAGCGGUCAGCUCCAAACUGUUUCGGUGUGCAUGCAUUAGACGUUGGCUACCAUUGGUCUACAGAGAAGAACUUUACCAAGUCUUACAGCUCACAGGCCCAUUGCUGCUGUCCCGGAUUCUGAACUUCCUCCUACCGUUUGUCAUCACCAUAUUCUGUGGUCACAUUGGAAAUGCAGAACUGGCUGGAUAUGCUCUGGCCUCAGCGACCAUUAAUGUGACCACAACUGCAACAGGCUAUGGCCUUGCUGUGGCUUGUGACACACUCAUUUCUCAGACAUUCGGCAGUAAGAACUUGAAACGUGUGGGAGUAAUUCUCCAAAGGGGUUCAUUGAUCAUGCUGCUGUUUUGUCUGCCCUGUUGGGGUCUUCUCAUCAACUCUUACAACUUACUGCUCAUCUUGCACCAAGAGGAUGAGGUGGCGAGAAUUGCCCACCUCUACGUGAUGGCGUUUCUUCCAGCUGUUCCAGCUAUGUUCCUGCACCAGCUGCAAGUUGCCUACCUACAAAACCAAGGGAUCAUUCUGCCUCAGAUGUACACAGCAGCAGCAGCAAACGUCAUUAACUUGGCGGCGAACUAUGUCUUAAUCUUCAGCCUCGAGUUGGGUGUUGUUGGAUCAGCAAUCGCUAACAGCCUGUCUCAGAUCACCAUCUGUCUGCUGUUGUUUGGCUACAUCAGAUGGAAGAAGCUUCACCAGCAGACAUGGGGAGGUUGGUCCACUGACUGUCUGCAGGAGUGGGGCACCUAUAUGAAGCUGGUUAUUCCCAGUGCUUUUAUGGUCUGCUUUGAGUGGUGGAUCUGGGAGAUUGGAGGUUUUCUUGCAGGUGUACUUGGCGAGGUGGAUCUUGCUGCCCAGCACGUGAUGGUGGAAAUAGGAGCCAUAACAUACAUGUUCCCUUUAGGUGUCCAUGCAGCUGCCUGUGUGCGUGUUGGGAAUGCUCUGGGAGCUGGGAACACUACCAGGGCAUUAGUUACUUGCAAAGUGGCCCUGGUUCUAGCAGGAUUGCUUGCUGUGUUACAGGGUAUUGUCAUCACUGGCUCUAAGUCUGUCAUUGGCUACAUAUUUACCUCUGAUGAAAAAAUUGUGGCGCUUGUCUCAGAGAACUUCAAAGUCUAUAUAUUUCUACAAUUCUUUGACGCACUUCUGUGUGUCUGCUCAGGGAUUCUUGUAGGAUCUGGGAUGCAGAAAAUUGCCGCUUUGUCCAACCUGGUGGGUUACUACUGCAUCGGUCUGCCAGUGGGAAUAGCUCUGAUGUUUUUUGCUGAGCUCAGAAUAUUAGGCUUCUGGGUGGGUCUCCUUGUAUGUGUUUUCUUUGAGACGGGUUUCUUCCUCAUUCUAAUCUUCAAACUCAACUGGAAGAAAGUCACACAAAAGGCUCAACUGCGAGCUGGAAAGAAAGUGGUGAUGAUACCAAAGCGUCCUAUUAGUACAGUGCUGACUGAAGCGAUGGUGCCUGACAUCUCUGACUGCCCUAAUACAGCCCAGCUGGACGGUGAAGAAGCCUCUAAAGCAGAUGGCUACAGUCCAGUCAACACCCAGGAUCAGGAGCUGAAAGUGGGUCAUGAGGCCGAAGGCAACAACACAAACGCAGGAGGGACUGAGGGAGAUGCUGAGCAGAGCAAAAAUGCUUCAAACACCAAACCUCAAUUGCUGCUUUCUGUCACUCAGCUCAUCUUGCGUCGGGGACUCAUCUUCUUAAUUUUAGUUCUCAUUUUGGUCAUAGGUGUUGCUUUCCACAUUGCUUUCCCUUCACCGGAGCCUUCUGCCCAGCGCUGGGCCAACUUAACCCUGCACUGGGCCAAUGACUCCACUCCUACACCACUGGUUCCACUCGACCUGACCCCACACCUCUGAGCUAUCUCUGACUUCUGAAUGUAGACAUCUAGUGACUGAACACAAUUCUCACAAACUGACAAUUUAGAUCUUCUAGAAAGAAAAGUGUUGAACUCCUGUCUUAAGUUUUGCACUCUAAUAAUAAACUUGGGUUGCUACUUUGUAAAACUACAGCCUGAAAUGGGCUACCAACUUUGUCUUGUUUGGGAAAAAUAUGUUUCAGUGCUGCACUGCUGAGCAAAGCCACAGAAAGCUGGAAGCAAUAUCAAAUGAGACUGGCAGGAUGAACAAAGGUCUUGUUUCAAAGAUCAUGUUUUAACCUCCUCAGCCUGAGAUCCUCAACUGGAACUAGAAGACACAUUACAAAUCCCUCACGAUGAGACCACGUGGGCAUUAAGGAACAGAUGUUUUUCCACUGAUAGCUUUUGAUUUUUCCACCUUCUCUUGUCUUGAUUUUCACAUUGCACUAUGACAUUUAUUUUCUUUAUUACUGACCCCAAAUGAUUUUUCUUGUGUUUUAAUUGUGUAAGGUUGAUUGUAAAUAUCUGAUGUAAAAUGUACAUGUAUACAUGUAAAUAUGUAAUACACGUAUAACUAUAUGAGCAGUA